CGGAGGAGGACCGGCAGGAUGUACGGCAGUACGGCUUUGACCCCGAGCAGGAGGCGGCCGAGCUGGGGUUGUACGGCUAUGUGGGUGAAGCCGGGUACGGCAUUCUUGAACAGAGGUGGCACCGGCCCACAUUGGAGGUGGUAGGGCUGCAAGGCGGCUUCAGGGGCGAGGGCAUCAAGACCGUCAUACCCCGCAGUGCCUCCGCCAAGAUCAGCUGUCGCCUGGUGCCGCAGCAGUCGCCCGAGGGCAUAUUACACAAGUUGAAGCGUCACGUGGCUCGUCACUGCCCGCCGUAUGCGCGAUGCAACCUGACGGUGCUAGGCGGCGGCGCCUUCCCCUGGACUAACCCACGCAACUCUCCGGGCAACGCCGCAGCAGCUGCCGUUCACAGGGCCCUCAGCGGCCGAGAUCCGCUGUUCCUUAGGGACGGCGCCACCAUCCCCGCCCUAGCUGCAUUCCAACAGCAGUUGGGACUGCACACCACAAAGUUCGGCUGGGGGCUGAGCGAGCGCAUUCACGCGCCUAACGAGCGCCUGAGGGCUGAGAUGUACGACAAGGGUCGCCGCGCAUGGGCCAUGAUCUUGUACGAACUGGCACGGCAGCAACGGUUGUACGACAAUGGCAGCAGUACAGAUGCAGUUGAUGGGGUUGCUGGUGAUGAAGGCAUUGCGGAUGUGAUGGGUGCUGAUGCGAAGGGUGCGGCUGACAGAGGCAUGGGGGCGCGUGAGGAGCUUUGAGCGUACAACAAUGGUGGCGUACUUUCCGUUCCUGCUCACUUGAGCUAGGCUCCUAGUGAGCGGAAUCGGUAUUCCCGCCAGGAAUGUGUGGUCCAUGUGAGCUCGUACGCCUGAUAGCCGUUAAGAGCCGACUAAUCAGGCCUUCAAUGGACGUGGUGCAUAUGACCCAUCUGCGCGGCAUACCUGCGAGUGUUGAACAAUAUCCGUUGUUGAACAAUACGCGUUGCCCAUUAAUCAUAUCUAUACCUGCCUAUACGUUUGCUUCCAUGCUAUAAUUUGUUUAAAUCCUUCAACCGACACUGUAUGUAGACUAUGCACACAAUCCAACCGCUCACAGUUCUGCCAGGUAAGGCUUUGCGAGGAUACUAUAUGCCGUACCCUUACCUGUAACCGUAGUACUGUGCCGUUGAGCCGCAUCCGCUCUUCGGGCUCUUAUGGCCUGCAAGCUGGAAUAAGUUGAGGGAAGGUAACUGCACCAUAGACCCAAUAGGGGCGUCGUGCUUGAUAACCGGUAUUCGUAAUAGAGGUUGUACUCGCAAAUAUCUCCUACAUCCGCUAGGUCACCGCUCGUGGCCUAUCAGCGAGCUACGUAUGUUGUUUCCUUAUAGUGCUAUAAGCUGUCAUGCCUACUUGCCUGGGAAGCCUUUUAACUUGCUUUGGUGGCUGCGUUUAUGUUGAAAAGCAUGAGCCGCAAGAAGACAACUCAAGAUCAUUGAAAGUUUGCAAUGCCACUGUUGGGGCAGCGUUUGGGACGGCGCGGAGCGGACGACCAACGAUUUUGUUGUCUGAUGCGCAGUUUCAAAGGUUUGGAGGGCAGCAACCCGCGCUGCUGCUUGUACCUCAUAGUAGCAUGGGAGGAUUGGAGCAGGAUCUUCAAUCUUACGCGGCGUCGGGUCAUGUGCCUCACGUCCAUUGCUACGUCAACGGUCCUGCGUCCGCGCUGCUCAGCGGUAAUGGCUACAUGAUGUCACUUUCUGUCCCAGACACGGCGGCCGCUAUGCGCGUUCUGCAGGAACGCGAGCCCAUUUUGGCAACGGAGCUCAUUUCCCAGUUGACGCAGUGGGCUAAAUCCUUGGCUUCGAAUCGCAGCGACCCUGGAAGUUACUCAUUUUAUUUUGACUCGGAAGCCUAUAGCCAAAACAUUGCAAGCGGCUCAGGCGGCUUGGCUAGGGCUUGGUCUUAUGUAGUGGCUCAGCCCUGCUUUGUGCAAGCGGCCGAGGGCGAGUCGCUGGACCAGACAUGUUGCCAAUCCCAACAACUACAACAAUCGCUGUCAGCGAAGCAGCCGCGUCCUGGUUUAGGGCCGCAGCCCCGAAACCAGGGGUCCACAUCUGCAGCCCAAGUUGACGCCAGUAAAAAGAGCGAUCUACUAGCGGCGUUGCUUGUAAAAUUCACCCUAAGCGGAGACGGUCUGGCGCCUCACCAUGAACAGCAAGGCGCUCAAGCCCCUGUGCUGCACCUCGCCAAGCAUCCUCAUCCUACAAGCAGCACAGGCGGGUACCUCCGACCAUCUCGACCACCCAUCCUGAGCGAGGACGUCGUCUUGUCCGGCCUUGCCUGCUCGGUGACCGCUAUUUCCAUAUCCAACGGCAGCGUUUUGUACCAAAACGACGCGAGUCGGCUGUUCUGGGGCGACAUGGCUGCCGAGCAUGACAUGAGCACAACCAUCACCACCCAACCAGCGAGCUCCGGCCGCCGCAGCUUCCACUUGCAUGCCGCCUCAGUCCUGGCUGCUACUGCUGCUGCUGGUCCUGCGGUUGCAAACCCCCACCAGCAGCCCAGCAUGGAUGCUAUUGCUGCCAGCGCUGCGGGCAGGACUGCCGCUGCGGUAACCGCAACCCACACCGCCUCAGCAGCAAUCGCAAUCGCGGCGGCCACCGCGAAUACGCCUCCAGGGCGAAAUUCUAUAUCGCAACCAGGGUCCGCUAGGUCCUUUAACACCCUCUGCGGCAUGGGUUUGCAAGGUCCGCAGGGCGCCGGCAUGUCGUCAUGCUCGACCCUGCCAGCAACAGCAGCGGCAACAGCAGCGGCAGCAGCAGGCGGUGUGCAGUUGCCGUACGCUUCUCAAGCUCAGACAAUGCUGGGGAACGCGUCGUCGUUGCUGAACCAAGCGCUGCAAACCAACACAACGGUCGGCACCAGUCAGCGGGUUUCCGUAGCUGAUGGGGCAUGUGUGGCGGCGGGCGGUGGCGGCGGCGGCCCUGCCGGCGUACUGCAGCAGCUCUUUGCAUUCGAGCCUUUCAAGUACGAGCGGAUGGUGCAGGAGACGUGCAUUGAAGGACGGCCGUGGAAGGGUAUCAUUCGUAUGGUCGCACCUGCAGGACUGUUGCUGAUGCAGUCCGCCCUCGGGCCCCACAUGCAAACACACCCGCACGCGCACCCGCACGACCUUCCCGUCGGCACCCCGUCAGCCCACAUGAACAGCCUCCCUCCCAGCAGCGUAGGCCUGCUCAGCAAUAUCUUUCGGGGCCAAUCCCGUCACUGCUCUGCUGCCACUGCUACAGCCACCGCCUCGGCAGCUACAGCCGCAGCCGCUGUCGGCGGCGACAGCGGCCUGCCCUCGCCCAGCCAACAUCAACAGCACCAAUACCAACACCACCAACAGCAGCAGCAACCUCUGUCCGCUGCUCCGUGGGCGAUUCCCUCCGGUCGGCGCCACUUGCAUGCAGGCGGCUCGUUGCCGCCACACUUUUGGUCGCUUGGAGGUGCCAGCUGCUCCCACCAACAGAGCCUACAUGAGCCAGGCAGCAUUGAUCGGUCCUCCGCGCUCCUGGCGAUGGCGGUGGAGGAGGCGGCGGCGGCGGGGGCGAGGGCCACGCGACGCAGCGGCGGCGUGGCAAGUGGGACGCGUACGGCAGG